AUGGAAGAACAAGAUAAAGACAUGGAUAAAAUGAGACAAGAUAUUAAUAAUCUUGGGGAACAAGUUUCAAAAAUACUGGAAUUGCUUUCAGCAGGAAAAGGAAAAGUCGUCGUAGAAACAGCACAAUCAAGUAAUCCGGUUCAAGACACCGAUGAUCCCAUUUAUCCCCCAGGAUUUACGCCACGCCACAUGAACGCUACACAGUCUCAAACUGCUCAACACUAUGUUGCUAUGAAUCCACUUUUUGAUGUUCCACCUCUUGUCCCAGAUAUAGAACAAUUGGAAGCUCAGGUUAAAAUUCAAGACAUGGGGCAAAAUGAAAACACUCCGGCUAAGCAAAAACUAGAUGUUUUGGAAGAAAGAUUGCGAGCAAUUGAAGGGACUGAUGUUUAUGGAAAUAUAGAUGCAACACAGUUGUGUUUAGUACCGGGUUUGAUCAUUCCAACAAAGUUUAAAGUUCCAGAAUUUGACAAAUAUGAUGGAUCAUCGUGUCCAAGGAGUCAUCUUAUAAUGUAUUGUAGAAAGAUGGCAGCACAUAUUGGUAAUGAUAAAUUGUUGAUCCAUUGCUUUCAGGACAGUUUGACUGGUCCAGCUACUCGAUGGUAUAUUCAAUUAGAUAAUACACACAUUCAUGUUUGGAAGGAUUUAGCUGAUGCAUUUCUAAAGCAAUACAAACAUAAUAUUGAUAUGGCUCCAGAUCGUUUAGACUUACAACGGAUGGAGAAGAAAAGUUCAGAAAGCUUUAAAGAAUAUGCUCAACGAUGGAGAGAUAUAGCCGCAGAGGUUCAACCACCAUUAACAGACAAAGAAAUGACAUUUAUGUUUAUGAAUACUUUGCGGGCGCCGUUCUAUGAUCGAAUGAUUGGUAAUGCUACAACCAAUUUUUCUGACAUUAUUGUUAUUGGUGAAAGAAUUGAAUAUGGGAUAAAACAUGGGAGGUUAAUAGAGACUUCAGCUGAGUAUGGUGGAUUAAAGAAAGGAGCAACACCUAAGAAGAAAGAAGGUGAGGUUCAUGCAAUUGGUUUUCCUAAUUUAGGGAACCACAAAUCAACUUUUGGCCAAAGAAAACAUGACCAAAGUUUUCCUUCAUAUAUAAGCAAUGUUACUCAUAUCCCUUAUAACAACUAUGUACCAACCCACUCUCCCUCUGGAGCCCCAAAACUUGUUAAUUCAAACUUUUCUCGACCGUUUGUACAAGGUCAGGGUAGCAAGACCAACUCAGAAACAUUUCGAUUUGACCCAAUUCCUAUGACAUAUACAGAGCUUUUACCUCAGCUAGUUCAUAAUCGACAGUUAGCUCCUAUCCCAAUAAAUCCUAUACAACCUCCUUAUCCAAAAUGCUGGGAGAAGCCGGAUGUCAACAACAAUCCACUUCCUAAUCAUGAAAAUUCAAAAGUGAAUGCGAUAGAUUGUUUUGUUGGAAAGUGUAAAAAUGAAGUUCAUGAGAUAAGGAUGCCUAUGGAAACACUUUUUGAAGGUCUUUUUGAAGCAGGAUAUAUACUCACAGUAUACGAAGGACAAGGAAAAGAUGAGAUGAAAGACAAUAAAAUAUGUACAUUAAUGGGUGAAGUUGCAAAAAAGGAAAAUCCCUUUUUACCAAGGCCUUUGACAGUCUUUUAUCAAGAAAAUCGUAAUAAAUCAAGUUCUUGCAAUCCUAAACAACUCAUUGUCGAAGUACCGAGUCCUUUCAAAUUUAAGGAUUUGAAAGCGGUGCCAUGGCGGUAUGAUUGCCAAGUCAUUACAGGUCCUUCAGUUGAUAAUAUUACAGGAAUCAGCGGGAUAACUCGAAGUGGAAGAUGUUAUAAACCAGAUAAUUUAACAGCUCCUUCAAGUAGUUUAACAUUGGGGCAAGGGAGGAAAAGUGAGAAAAGAAAUGUGAAUGAACAUGACAAAGAGCAGGAUGUAGAGAUGUCUGUCAUAGCAAAAGAUAUAGAAUGCAAAAAACCUGUUACAGAUGAGGCAGCAAACGAAUUCUUGAAAAUAGUAAAACAAAGUGAGUAUAAGAUCAUAGAGCAAAUGCAUAAUACUCCAGCUCGAAUUUCUUUAUUAUCUUUGUUUUUAAAUUCAGAGCCUCAUCGCAAAGUGCUAUUAGAUAUUUUGAAUAAGGCACAUGUUGGACAUGACAUUUCAGUGGAAAAGUUCAGCGGAAUUAUUGGAAGCAUUACGUCUUCAAAUUCUAUAGUCUUCACGGAUGAUGAAAUUCCUCCUGAAGGUUUAGGCCAUAUAAAAGCACUGCAUAUUCAAGUGAAGUACAAGGAUUAUGUUAUAGCAAGAGUUUUAGUGGAUAACGGUUCAGCUCUUAAUAUAAUGCCUAAAUCUACACUAUUAAAGCUCCCAGUGGACAUGUCAUACAUCAAAUCAAGUACUAUGGUAGUGAGAGCUUUUGAUGGAUCACGAAGAGAAGUAAUUGGUGACAUUGAAUUACCAAUCAAAAUUGGCCCAUGUACUUUCAAUAUAGUCUUUCAAGUAAUGGAGAUAACACCUACUUACAGCUUUUUGUUAGGUCGUCCUUGGAUUCACUCUGCAGGAGUGGUGCCAUCUACAUUGCAUCAAAAAUUGAAAUUUAUUGUUGGGAGUAAGAUGAUUUGUUUAAUGGGAGAGGAAGAUUUUCUGAUAACAAAACCGAUAUCAACCCCAUAUGUGGAGGCAACAGAAGAAGCUUUAGAGUGUUCUUUUCGCUCUUUUGAAAUUGCUCAUGCAACUAUGAUGGAAGCAACUGCAGGUGAAGUAAUAAAGUUACACAUGCCUAAAGUUACGACAAAAAGGAUGAUGAGAGUUGGAGGAUAUGGUUUGAAUCAAAGCUUGGAAACACUUCUAAAUACACCAAGCAAUGAAGGGAGAUUUGGUUUGGGUUAUAUGCCAAACGUAUAUGAUAAAAUUAGGCUUCAAAAAGAAAAGAAGAAAAGGUGUUUGGAAAAGCAAGGGAUGAUGGUGUUUGAUCCAAGUCUAAAAUUUAUACCAGCAUUAUAUGAUACUUUCAAGAGUGCUGGUAUAAGUUACUCAUCACGUGACUCUGAUUCAAAACAUUGUUUGUUAACAAAGAUGGAGAGUUUAUCAAUUGCAGCAGUGGCACAAGAAGCAUCAUUUGAAGAUGAAACAGUUUAUGCAUGUCCACCUAAUUUUGAGCUUAACAAUUGGGAUGUUGUAGACCUACCUACAUUUUCUGGAGAUUUUCAAGAUCCAAACUUUUUCAUAGACAACAUUCAUAAGAACGAAGAUGUUAGUAAUUCCAGUUCUACCCUUGAUACCUUAAUAUACACUAUGGAAUCUGACAAAGAGAGUGACGAUGAAAAUGCUGGGAGAAUAUCCUCAGAACUGUUAAGAUUAGUAGAAGAAGAAGAUAAGGUCUUAGGUCCUCACCAAGAGCUAGUUGAAGUAAUCAAUUUGGGUUCUCAGGAGGAAUCAAAAGAGGUAAAAAUUGGCACAUCAAUGGCCAGUGAAACUCGAAAAAAAAUAAUCAAUUUGUUACGUGAGUACUCAGAUAUUUUUGCUUGGAGUUAUCAGGAUAUGCCGGGGUUAAAUACGGAUAUUGUAGUACAUCGUGUUCCUUUGAAGCCAGAAUGCAAUCCAGUAAGACAAAAGCUACGUAAAAUGAAGCCUGAUAUAUUGAUUAAAAUAAAAGAGGAAGUACAAAAACAAAUUGAAGUAGGAUUCCUCAUAGUCUCCAAAUAUCCUGAAUGGGUGGCAAACAUUGUUCCAGUACCUAAAAAAGACGGAAAAGUGAGAAUGUGUGUGGACUAUAGAGAUUUAAAUCGAGCUAGUCCAAAAGAUAACUUCCCUUUACCUCACAUCGACAUGUUGGUGGAUAACACUGCAGGAUAUUCAACUUUCUCCUUCAUGGAUGAUUUCUCAGGAUAUAAUCAAAUCAAAAUGGCUGAAGAAGAUAGAGAAAAAACAACAUUCAUUACCCUUUGGGGAACAUUUUGCUACAAAGUAAUGCCUUUUGGUUUGAAAAAUGCCGGGGCAACAUAUCAGCGAGCAAUUGUUACACUUUUUCAUGAUAUGAUGCAUAAGGAAAUAGAGGUGUAUGUUGAUGAUAUGAUUGCAAAAUCCAAAGCAAAUGAAGAUCAUACAACUAUACUUCAAAAAUUAUUCGAUCGGUUGAGAAAGUAUCAAUUGAAAUUAAAUCCAUCCAAAUGUACAUUUGGGGCAACCUCGGGAAAACUGUUGGGAUUCAUUGUCAGUGAAGAAGGGAUCAAAGUAGACCCAGAUAAAGUGAAGGCUAUCAUGGACAUGCCAUCCCCUGAAACGGAAAAAGAAGUUCGAGCCUUUCUUGGAAGACUGAAUUACAUAUCCAGAUUUAUCUCACAUUUGACCCCAACUUGCGAACCAAUCUUUAAGCUUUUACGUAAAAAUAAUCCAGGAAAAUGGAAUGAGGAUUGUGAAGAAGCUUUCAACAAAAUUAAGCAAUAUCUACAAAGCCCACCUGUAUUGAUACCUCCAGCUCCAGGACGGCCGUUAAUCCUAUACUUGACGGUUUUAGAAGGUUCUAUGGGUGGUGUUCUAGGACAACAUGACUUAUCAGGGAAGAAAGAGCAUGCUAUUUAUUAUUUAAGCAAAAAAUUCACCGAUUAUGAGUCGAAAUACUCAAUGUUAGAGCGAACUUGUUGUGCUUUGGUAUGGACCGCUCACCGUUUGAGGCAAUAUAUGUUAUAUCAUACGACAUGGCUUAUUUCAAAAAUGGAUCCAAUAAAAUACAUUUUUGAGAAACCGUCAUUAUCGGGUAGAAUUGCAAAGUGGCAAGUUUUGUUGUCAGAGUAUGAUAUUGUUUAUGUUACUAAAAAAGCAAUAAAGGGAAGUGCGCUUGCUGAUCAUUUAGCUGCCCAACCAGUAGCAGAUUACGAGCCAAUGAGCGUUGAUUUUCCUGAUGAAAACAUAUUUUUAGUUGAAAAUGAUGCUACGGAUCAUGAGACUUGGAUUAUGCUUUUUGAUGGUGCCUCAAAUGAGUUGGGACAUGGGAUUGGAGUUGUACUAAUUUCCCCAAAAGGAAAGGUAUUUCCCCUAACAGCUAAGUUAUGUUUUGAAUGCACUCACAAUAUCGCUGAAUAUGAAGCUUGUAUUAUGGGACUUCAAGCAGCAAUCGACAUGAGUGUUAAAAAGUUGAAAGUUUUGGGUGACUCAAUGCUAGUAAUACAUCAAGUCAAGGAAGAAUGGGAAACAAGAGAUGCUAAAUUGGUGCCUUAUAGCCAAUACAUUGCAAAAUUAUCUCAAAAUUUUGAGAAAAUUUCAUUUGACCAUGUUCAUAGGGAAGACAAUCGAAUGGCAGAUGCAUUAGCCACCCUGGCAGUCAUGUUUAAUCUUAAUCUUGAGUAUGAGCUUUAUCCAAUCCAAAUUACGAAAAGAGAUGCGCCGGCAUAUUGCAUGAAUAUUGAAAAUGACAACAAGCCAUGGUAUUUUGAUAUCAAGCAAUACAUAAAGUGUAGAGAAUAUCCAUAUGGAGCUUCAAAGAAUGACAAGCGCACAAUAAAAAGGUUGGCCAUGAACUUUUUCUUAAGUGGUGAAGUUCUUUAUAAAAGAAACCAUGAUAUGGUACUCCUUCGGUGUGUUGAUGUGGAAGAAGCAAAACAAAUUAUGAUAGAAAUUCAUGAAGGAAUAUGUGGAACACAUGCUAACGGACAUACUAUGGCCAGACAAAUACUUAGAUCUGGUUAUUAUUGGACAACGAUGGAAUCAGACUGCAUAAAAUAUGCAAGAGAAUGUAAAAAGUGUCAAAUUUAUAUGGAUAGGAUUCAUGCAGCAGCAUCUCCAUUGCAUGUCUUGUCAGCACCAUGGCCAUUUUCUUUGUGGGGAAUUGAUGUUAUUGGACCCAUUGAUCCUAAAGCCUCAAAUGGUCAUCGUUUUAUUCUUGUAGCCAUUGAUUACUUCACUAAAUGGAUAGAGGCGGCAUCUUACUGCAAUGUUACAAGAGGAGUGGUGCUCAAGUUUAUCAAAAAAGAGUUGAUCUGUCGUUAUGGUCUACCAGAGGGUAUUAUUACAGAUAAUGCCAAGAACCUUAAUAACAAAAUGAUGGACGAACUUUGUGAGAAAUUCAAGAUCAAUCACAGAAAUUCGACUCCAUAUCGCCCCAAGAUGAAUGGGGCAGUUGAGGCAGCCAACAAAAAUAUUAAAAGAAUCAUUGAGAAGAUGACAACAACAUACAAAGAUUGGCAUGAAAUACUACCGUUUGCAUUGCAUGGAUAUCGCACAUCAGUUCGUACUUCAACAGGGGCAACACCAUUUUCUUUGGUUUAUGGUAUGGAAGCUGUCCUACCUUUAGAAGUUGAGAUACCUUCAUUGAGAGUUCUCAUGGAAGCUAAGUUAGAUGAAGCUGAAUGGAUAAGAGGUCGUUAUGAGCAGUUGAAUUUCAUUGAAGAAAAACGUUUGACAGCAUUAAGUCAUGGACAACUUUACCAAAAAAGACUAAUGCGAGCAUACAAUAAAAAGGUACACCCUCGAAGUUUUCGAGAAGGAGAUUUAGUGUUAAAAAGGAUACUUCCAUUUCUAAAGGACCAUCGAGGAAAAUGGACUCCUAAUUAUGAAGGUCCGUUCGUGGUAAAAAAGGCAUUUUCAGGAGGAGCUUUACUUUUAACCAAUAUGGAUGGUGUUGAGUUAAAAAAUCCGGUGAAUUCAGAUUAUGUUCGAAGAUACUAUGCGUGA